CGUAUCGGUUAAUUAUGUUUACUAAUUUUUUUAUUUUAAUAGUGUCAAUGAUCUACAAUUUCAAUAUAACCAAAUCUCAAAUCGUACCAAAAGUGGUAGGGGGUGGCCCCGCCAACAUCAGCUAUUUUCCUCACUCUGCGUUUAUACUAAUCAUCAAAUAUACCGGCGGUUUCGUAUGUGGUUCAUCCAUUCUGAACCAGAAAAUUCUGUUAACCGCGGCACAUUGUAUCGAUGGCCCAUAUCGAGAAUCUUACGUCUAUACCGGCCAUACUGACAAAACAUUAGGAGACAAAUACAUAAUAGCUGCCAUGAAGCCACACGAGCAUUACAAUGAGCAUACUGUUAGUAAUGAUAUAGGCCUUAUUUUGGUGAAAACCCCCAUCAGAUUCAGUAGUCUGGUACAAAGGGUUGCACUCGUAAGAUAUCCACCGAUAAGAAAUAGAGCUGCUGUCGCUGGGUGGGGUUUGGUCUCUGAAGAACCGGAGAUGGGAACUCAAUUAUUACAUUAUGCCGAAUUGAAGGUGUGGACAUUCGAAGAAUGUCGAAGGUUUAUAUCCAGUUUGCCAAGGGGCUGCUUGUGUGCCGGAUCGCUUGAUGGAAAAACAUAUGCUUCAAGUGGGGACUCUGGCAGUGCUCUGAUAGUGAAUGAUUACAUCCAAAUCGGCUUAGUCUCGUACAAGAGGCCGACUCUCCGAAAUAUUGUAGCCUUUUCCAAUGUCUCUUACUUUUACAGUUGGAUUAAACAUAAUGCUAAACGAUUGUACUGCAAAAAUGAAUAUAAUUAG